CUUGUGCCCAGAGCCACUGAGCUGCUGACAUGAAGGUCACUUUCUGACUGUCCCCUUCCCUCAGCUUGUAUCUCACGGGGGACAGCAGAAACUCCUAAGGACACCAAUCUCAGGGCAACUAGACCAACAUCAAGGGCACAGAGGAGUGUUUUUUCCCUCCAUUUGUGGAGAUGGCUGGCCUAGUACGGUGUAUUACCAGUUGCUCAGUGCCCUUGCUUCACAGUAUAAAUGUUAGGACAUUACAGCCAGCAACUGGACAACGUUCUUUUAGAACUUUCCAAAUCUUAUGGAGUCAACAGGCAGCAAAAGGAUUUCACUACAAGGAUCUGGUUGUCGGUAUCCCCAAAGAAACAUACAAAAAUGAGAAGCGAGUGGCAGUCUCUCCUGCUGGUGUCCAGAUCUUAGUUAAACAGGGCUUUAAUGUACAAGUGGAACAUGGAGCUGGCAAAGAAGCAAAAUUCUCUGACGAGCAAUACAAAGAGGCUGGAGCAGUAAUCAAUGAUAUGAAAACUGUAUUUGGCUCAGAUAUUGUUUUAAAGGUACGAGCCCCAUGUUUUAAUGAAGAGCUGGGAGUGCACGAAGCCAUUUUGCUCAAAGAAAACGCAACACUUGUCAGCUUCAUUUACCCUGCUCAGAACCCGGACCUCCUAGACAAACUUGCCCAACGCAAAGCCACAGUCUUGGCAAUGGACCAAGUUCCUCGAGUCACUAUUGCUCAAGGAUAUGAUGCUCUAAGCUCGAUGGCUAACAUCGCAGGGGAAGAUAGAUGCUGGCUGCUCUACUGACUGCUGCUUUGCCAGGUGUUGGGAGCCGCAGGGAGUAUAAGACAGGUUCUUGACUGCCUGUGCCUGAAUCUCAGGGAAGAGUAGCAGAGGGUGGCUCUGCUUGAGGAUAGAUGAGGUUUCUGCAGAGGAUGGACGUUUACUCACACAGGUGAGUAGGACAGCUUGGUGAGAGUGGGGUGGAGAGGAGGGGUAGGGGACUGAUUGCCAGCUGGGUUAAUUGGAGUGCCAUAUACUCCAGACACUUCCUUCCCAUCCCUGAUCCACCUUCUGCACCAGGGAAUGAAGGCAGAAGAGCUCAAGUGUAGAGAAUCUACCACAAAGUAUUGAUUAUGGCCACUUUAUCACUCCCUCUCUGAUUUAGGCUUUGAAGAAUCACUGUAUUUUAAAACAGUAUGUUUCCCUGUUACAUAAAUACCAAUGCCUUAAAAAAGGCUGCUGCUGCUUCUUUUUUUUACCAAUAGAAGAUAUGUGAAUUGUUUGAGCACUAUACUUGUUGCAGGUAUGAGAGAAAAUUAAUUUCAGCAAGCCUGUUGAAACACAUGUGGUUCUAAAUAUCCUCGACAGUAUGAUAAAUGUGUCUUAUAUUUGGCAUAGCUUUAACAUACCAAUUUUUAUUAUUUUUCCAUGAUGAUCUUUCACAUAAGUAAAGCUGAAACAUAAGAUCUUUUGCAGUGGAAACUAUGAAUUGAUAGCAACAUGCAAACUGGACUUUCCUUUGUUUGAAGUAGAAGCUGUAAUACUGUCUUUGAAGUUACUCUACUACUUUGAGGCCUGACACUAGGGGCUGCAUGAAUUUGGGUGCUCCCCAUGGAAUAAAAAUUUUGCCCUUACAAAAAUUCUAGCCUCUGACAGUCAGAGGUGCAAGAAUCUCCCUGCUGGUCUUGAACCCUAACCUCCCACAUAGUAUCACAUUGCACUGCUGGCCAAGCCAUCAAGACCAAUCACCAGUCAGCAAUAAAUGCAUUUUGAAUCAAUUCAGCUUUGGAACUGAUUUCAAAGCCAUUUAGAUUUAUGUAAGGAACUCGUUAAAAAAAAAGCACAACAAACUAGUUUAAAUAUUGGACCAAUUAUUUAUGUACAUAGGCUACAUAUUGAAAUGGUUUAAAAUUUGAACCAGUUUGUCUUAAACAGAAUCAAUUUGGUAAAGAUAUCAAACAUAUUUAAGUGCUUCAUUGAACAAGGCAUUUUCCUCGCCACUUGUUUGCUGCCUCGCCACUGAUGUUUUAUUCAGAAGACAUCUGAUAAUACUUUCUCACAGAAUCCUGCCCACUAUGCAUGACAUCAUGGCAUUCCCCUGUAAAGGAUCAGAGUGAAUAUAGUCCUCUAAUGUUAAUGUCUUGCACAACAUAGAGCAGGAAAGCGUUUUAUGCAUAUCUUCUUCCCUCUGUCUCCAAGGGACUUUAAAAUGCUCCUUUGUAGGGAGCAGAGAGAAAAAUCUAAGCGUUGUCAUCAUUAUAUCAGAUGCUUGGGCUCUUUUUAUUCACAUUUAGCUGUCAACAUCUGGAGACUCAAUUGUUCUACACCCCCAAAAACAAAACAACUCUGUUUUUCCUUUUCCAUGGGUGGCUAUUUCUCCAAAACGCUUCCCAGGACUCAGCUGUCCCAGUGCCCUGUUAAUAAGUAAACAAUGAGCUAACAGUCAGACAUAGGAUGUGCCAAACCUGAAGUCUGAUACAACAUUCACAUUUCUUUUUUAAAUCCUAAAGCAUUUUAAAUUCAAAUGUAAAUGAUGUUUUGAAACAACUGGGUCAGGGACUGUUGUCCUUUAUUCACUGAACAAAUAAACCAAAAACAACAGCAAUGUCAUAGACUUUCACAUAUUAUUCUACCAACAGCCAUGAACUGAUAGGAUGACUUUUAGGGACAAAAGAUUGUGCUAGUCCAAACCUUAACUUUUGCUGGCAGCAUGCCAUACAAUGAUAGUGUGGCAAGUGGCCACAGGCCAGGCGGCUGCCUGCUGUGGCAGAGGUGGUGUCCAUAUCAGUAAGCUAAGAAGCUGCAGGGUGAGUGGGGCUAUAGCAACACAGCCCUCACUCACCUCUCUACCACUGAAUGCCAUGUCCAAGAGGGUCCCAGGACAACAGAUUAUGUGGCAGGCCCUUCCCACUGCUAGUCAUGCCCCACAUUCCAUAGCCUGCUGGUAACGUGGAUCCAGCUUGUAGGCCAUACGUUUGACACCCCUGAUAUAUAGUAUGACUCUCACCACCAUUUUAUUUCUCCUAAACUUCUUCUUGGAUUAGAACUUGUUUGUGUUUCUUGCUAGGGAAAUGUAAAUCAGAGGGUUCUUUCAUCUGUUUGUUUAUUUGAGAGGAAGCAGUUAAUGGACAAGACUGUUCAAGAAGUAAGCACUUUAUGUGAACAUGAUCCGGGAUUACUCAUCAGUGUCUGGAUAUUUAAACAGUGAGCAUCUGAGAUGAGUAAACCAGUCCCUUAGCAAAAAAGGGUAAGCACAUUACAAUAUCACUUCCUCAUUAGGCUGGAAACCACAGAAAUAGGAUUCAGUAAUUUUUACUAAAGAAGGAAAAGGGAGAACUAAAAGCUCAUACACACUGGUAUGUAAAGUGCUUUGUUGUGGUAUUUUUAUUCCACAGGAUUUUCUAACCAAAUUUUUAUAGCCAGAAAUUAACUGAAGCAUACUAUACAAGUCAGCCAAUUUCCUUUCACUUUCUCUCCACAAAUGAGAAUGAAAAGUACCAUAGGCAAGAUAGCUUGCUGGGCAGUUUGAUGGAUUGACCUAUGGAAAUACGGGUUCAGGUAUUAGCCACCAAAAAAUGGAACAAUUCAAAGGUAAUAAAUUUGGUCUUGCAGACAUACCUGCUGGAAACUGGAAAUAGCAAUGGAAAACCCCUCUGCUCUCAAGACUUAUGUGAAGGAAAAGGGAAACCUUACAUGUCAGUAUUUGUAGAAGGUGCCUGGCUCGUGCCUGCUAGCAACAGUGGCCUCAGUGGAACAUGAUUUGCCACCCCUCUUUCAGGGAAAUAUGUACUACUUUCUUUCAAACGGCACACAGAUGAGUAUGAUUGACUGCAGUGCUCUCCACAUCUUCAUGAAUCAUCCUGCCUUCCACCAGGAGUCUUUACUAAAUUUAGGCUAAGCUGAGAACAUCAUUUACCAGUGCAACUAAUUCCAUAUGGUUUGGUAGAAUUCCUCUUGAUUCAGAGCUGUGUUAGGAAAGGAAUAAUGGGCUCCUGCAUGUCACAGUCUCUUUAAAUUGUGUAAUGUUUGUGAAAACUGAGGCAAAUGUAUAAAAAUAUAAUUUUGAAUGAGAACAGAAAUAUGUUGUUGAGUUAAACAAGCACAUCUCAUAUGUAAAGCAUGCAGCUACACAGUAUUUUCUUUUUAUUUUAUGCAGCAUUGUAAAGGCUAGAGAUUUCUUUACUCCCUGGGAUUUUCAUCAUAGGAAAUAUUUUCUAAUUUUCCAACACCACGUGUAGUAUUUUUCUUCUCCUAUUGUCAGAUGGAAGUGUGGUUAUGUGAAUCAUUUCUCAUGUAUGCAGAUAGGGUGCAAUUAAGGGGGAAAAAUUACAAGCAAUGAUAAUGUCAGUACAGUCAUUACUGUUGGUCUUCACAGACUCAUAAACAAAAUCAUGAGAAUACUUUUUAAAAGGUCUUGCUGACAGCCCUGGCAAAUAUAAACAAUUGGUCUAUAGAGAUGAAUAGUAUUUUCCCAUUAUGCACUCUCUCUAUUUUUUUAGCCUAAAGCUUUAUCUGAUUAAUUUAGUGUCAAAUGCUCUGAUUUUCCUCCAGUAGUUUAGCACAUAGCUCAAAACAAAACUGCAUUUUUAAACAAGCUUACCCUAAAAUAUUUGUUUAUAACAUUCAUCCACCUCCCUAUUUGCCCUGAGCCCAAAAUACUUUUAGUCACUCCAGUGGCACAUUACUAUGAAAAGAAAAUGGAUAACAUUCCAUGGCAGAGGAUUAAUUUUGGUUCUAAUACAGAAAACUAAUACAGAAAAUAAUCACAUUAAAAUUAGAUUUUGGGAGAUUGCUAAUAAAGCCAGGAUUUUUUGUGAAGGGCAUCAUGGAUAACUUUAAUUGAAACAAAGAAAAGUUUAAUGGGACUGAAUACAAUCCUAGGUGGAUGUAUGGUGGGGCUGAGUUUUACUCAUAGUCUGAGCAGUUAAGUAGGGACCAUCUGUUAGAAUCCAUUUGGUAUAUGUCAUACUUUUAGUUUUUUGCUCUUGCUCAACUUGAGCAUUAGCAUGUCUCACUUUUUCUCUUCUCUCAUCUCUAUUCACUGGUGAAAUCCUGGCCUCAUUGGGCGGGUUGACACAUGCAGGCAUGUGUACUUCCAGCAGCAAAAAUAGAAGCAGUGGAAAUUUGA